AUGAUCGCGCCGGUGGAGAAUAAGCCAGAGGACGUCCCACCCGCCGUGGUCGACGAGGAAGAGGCUGAGGACGGCGAGGAUGGGGCUCCUGAGACGCAGGGUGCUGGAGGUGAGGGCAAGAAAAAGAAGAAAAAGAAGAAGCCCAAGAAGAAGAAGCUGGAGCAGACGGAGCCUCCGUCUAUCGGACUGUCCAGGCUGUUUUCCGAUGGGAAUUACCCGGAAGGCGAGAUCCAAGAUUACAAGGACGACAACUCCUACCGCACUACGUCGGAGGAAAAGCGCUACGACGAGCGGAGAAUGAUGGAGGACAUCGACGAGACAUACAACAACAUCCGCAAGGCGGCCGAGGCGCACCGGCACGCCCGCAAGUGGGCGCGCAAGUUCAUCCGGCCGGGCAUGCGCAUGCUGGACAUCGCAGAUGGGAUCGAGGACGCUGUGCGAACGACGGUCGAGGCGAACGGGCUCGAGGCGGGUAUCGCCUUCCCCACCGGGCUUAGCCUCAACCAUUGCGCAGCGCACUAUUCCCCAAAUCCCGGAGAUACACUCGUCCUCGGCGAGAAGGAUGUGCUCAAGAUCGACAUUGGUGUCCAUGUGAGGGGGCGUAUUUGCGACUCUGCUUUCACGCUCUCUUUCGACCCUACAUACGACCCCCUGCUUGAGGCCGUUAGGGCCGCUACCGACACUGGUGUCCGGGAAGCGGGGAUUGACGUGCGACUGGGAGAACUCGCAGGUUACAUACAAGAGACGAUGGAAUCAUACGAGGUGGAGGUUAACGGGAAGGUGCUUCCAGUGCGGCCCAUAGAGCACCUGAGCGGGCACACGAUCCACCCCUACCAGAUUCACGGGAAAAAGUCUGUGCUGCUAUACAAGAAUGAGGAUCAAACGAAGAUGGAAGAAGGGGAGUACUUUGCGAUCGAAACCUUCGGCUCGACAGGGAGAGGCAAGGUCGUCGAACAGGGCGAGGUGUCGCACUACGCUCGCCGGGCUGACGCGCCGCAUGUGCCGUUACGGCUGACCUCGGCCCAGAACCUGCUAAAGUCGAUCAACAAAAACUUCGGGACGCUUCCCUGGUGCGACGGUACCUCGAGCGGCGGGGGAGAGCAGCUGAACCAUCUCGUGUCCCAGGGCAUCGUGCAGGACUACCCCCCGCUGUGCGAUGUCCGUGGGGCCAUGACGGCCCAAUUUGAACACACGAUCCUCCUCCGCCCGACGAGGAAGGAAGUAGUAAGCCGGGGCGACGACUACUGA